AUGACAGACCUCGUUCAGUGUAGGAUGUGCCACCUGCAGUUUCCAGGAGAAAGGUGUUCCAGAGGCAGAGGAGUGUGCACUGCUACAGAAGACGAGGGCUGCUUGACUGGGAGGAUUUUCAAGAAAGAUGGGACUCUGUGGUUAACCUUCAUGGGCUGCCUGGAAAACUGUGCUAAUGUGGACAAAAUAAAAUGGAGUGUCUACUUGGUGACGUUCAGGUGCUGCAGGGUCUCUGACUUAUGCAAUGAAAACCUGUAG